UAUAUAUUUCAGUUUCCAUGAAAUCUCACAGUUUCACAGCAACAAAGAAACCAAAAAUGCAUAUAUAUAACUGAACUUGUGAGGCUUAGCAGAAACGUAUAGACAAUCUUGCAGAUCCAAUUUAGUGAAGAAAGGAUAAGAACAAAGAAUGAGUGCUAAACCAGCUGCAGGAAACCAAGAUGACUACAAGCUCAAGGAAACGAAACCACAGCUCGGUGAGAGGUGGCCACAUGGGGGCAUAAGGGGAGGAGGAGGGUGGAUACUCAGUGACAGGGUAACGAGUACUUAUGAUCUUGUGGAACAAAUGCACUAUCUUUAUGUUCGGGUGGAGAAGGCCCGAGAUCUUCCCAUAAACCCGUUGACAGCAAGCUGUGAUCCCUAUGUUGAAGUGAAACUCGGCAACUAUAAAGGAAAAACACAGCAUUUUGAGAAGAGAACUUAUGCAGAAUGGAAGCAAGUAUUUGCAUUCUCAAAAGAUAAGAUACAGUCAACGGUUCUUGAAGUGUAUGUCAAAGAUAAAGAUAUGAUAGCAAGAGAUGAUUAUUUAGGGAAGGUGGUUUUUGAUAUGAAUGAGGUCCCGACACGAGUACCACCAGAUAGCCCGUUAGCACCUCAGUGGUAUAGACUUGAGGACCGAAAGGGUGAAAGGAAGAUAAAAGGUGAGAUAAUGCUUGCAGUUUGGAUGGGAACACAAGCUGAUGAGGCCUUUCCUGAAGCAUGGCAUUCUGAUGCUGCAAAGGUUCAAGGUGAGGGCAUUUUUAGCGUGAGAUCAAAGGUUUACGUUUCUCCUAAACUUUGGUACCUUCGGGUUAACGUUAUUGAAGCACAAGAUGUUGAAAGUCAAGACAAAUCACAACUUCCACAAGUUUUUGUUAAAGCUCAACUUGGGAAUCAAAUUCUCAAAACCAAAUUGUCUCCAACAAAAACCACAAAUCCGCUAUGGAACGAAGAUCUGGUGUUUGUGGCAGCUGAACCAUUUGAAGAGUCAUUGGUGCUAACACUCGAAAAUAAAGCCAGUUCAAAAGAAGAGAUUGUUGGCAGAAUUGUUUUGCCACUUAAUGCUUUUGAGAAGCGGUUAGACCAUAGGGCUGUCCAUUCCCGGUGGUUCAAUCUUGAACAGUUCGGGUUUGGUAUGCUGGAGGGAGAAAGAAGAAUGGAGCUUAAGUUUUCAACCCGGAUUCAUCUCCGGGCUUCACUUGAUGGUGGUUAUCAUGUACUAGAUGAAUCAACUAUGUACAUUAGUGACCAACGCCCCACAGCCCGUCAACUAUGGAAAAAACCAAUUGGGAUCCUGGAAAUCGGGAUCUUAAGUGCACAAGGACUCCAAGGGAUGAAAACAAAAGAUGGGAAGAAAACAACAGAUGCUUACUGUGUCGCUAAGUAUGGUCAAAAGUGGGUCAGAACCCGAACCAUACUGGACAACUUCAAUCCUAAAUGGAAUGAGCAGUACACAUGGGAAGUUUAUGACCCAUGUACCGUUGUUAGUUUAGGUGUGUUCGAUAAUUCCCAUUUGGGAGGUGAACAGUCUGCAACAGCAAAGGAUGCAAGAAUUGGAAAAAUAAGAAUAAGGCUAUCCACACUUGAAACAGAUAGAAUAUACACUCAUUCUUACCCACUUCUCGUCUUACAGCCAUCCGGAUUAAAGAAAACUGGCGAGCUCCAACUAGCCUUUCGUUUCACUUGUUUAUCUCUAGCAAACAUGAUCUAUCUCUAUAGUCAGCCUUUACUUCCCAAAAUGCAUUACCAACAUCCUUUAACCAUAAACCAACUAGACAGUUUAAGGUAUCAAGCCAUGAAUAUUGUUGCAGUGAGACUAGGCCGGGCCGAGCCACCACUUAGAAAAGAAGUGGUCGAGUACAUGUUAGACGUCGAUUCUCAUAUUUGGAGCAUGAGAAGAAGUAAAGCAAACUUCUUCAGAGUAGUUUCUCUGUUUUCGGGUGUACUCUCAAUGAGCAAAUGGCUUGGAGAUGUAUGCCAUUGGAAAAACCCAAUAACUUCAAUCCUAGUUCAUAUCCUCUUCUUCAUUUUAAUCUGUUUUCCGGAAUUAAUCCUCCCAACGAUCUUUCUUUACAUGUUCCUUAUUGGAGUAUGGAACUUCAGGUCGCGCCCACGACAUCCACUACACAUGGAUACUAAACUAUCAUGGGCAGAAGCAGUACAACCCGACGAACUAGAUGAAGAGUUUGACACAUUUCCGUCAUCCAAGUCACAAGACGUUACAAAAAUGAGGUAUGAUCGGCUUCGUAGUGUUGCAGGGAGGAUUCAAACGGUGGUCGGGGACAUUGCAACACAAGGAGAAAGGUUUCAGGCUGUUUUGAGCUGGAGAGAUCCCAGAGCAAGCUGUUUGUUUGUCGUCUUUUGUUUGAUUGUUGCCGUAGCAUUGUAUGUCACACCUUUUAAGAUUGUAGUUUUGGCAACAGGUUUGUAUUUGCUGAGGCAUCCUAGGUUUAGAAGCAAGAUGCCUUCAGUUCCUAGUAAUUUCUUCAGGAGAUUGCCAUCUAAAGCUGAUUGCAUGCUUUGAGAAAGAUAAACUACAAGAGCAGUAUUACUGAGUAUUUUGUGUAUUGAAAUACUAGUUAUCAAAAUUUGAUUGUUUUCA